UUCAACCACUGACUCUACAUUUGAUUGAGUUCUGGACUUUGACUGGGCCAUUAUAAUAUCUAAAUAGCUUCAGCUGCACGUUUAGGCUCACUGGAUGGGGAACCUUUGCCUGAGUCUCAAGUCUUUAACAAGUUGUCUAACAGGAUCAUCCUAAAAAUGUCAAGAGUCCUAAAUACCUUCAUAGAGCAAUUAAAGUAGCUAUCAUCUGGAUUUUUUAAGUUUAAAUAAGCGGAGUCAGUGUAUUUUCUCCCUAAAUAAAGUUGUAAUACCAAAUUUAACCAGAGGGUAGCAGUCUUCCCAAAGCUAAAACUGAUCUGUGCUCCUUUCAGCUGCCACCAGAUCGAUACAAAGAAAAAAAAAGAGAAAACCCUGAAUGAAACUUUAACACAUUUAGCAACUUCUUCACCGAGUUUAGACAGAUCCCAUGUUGCCACCUGUGAGCAAGCGUCUCAGUUUGCUGCCGUCCUCAUAAUUAGCUGAGCACUGGGUCCUGAGGUUAUCAAUAGCCGCCCCAUGUAAGGGGGUCAGUGUGUGUGCCACAAUGAGUGACCCUGAGGACAGCUGGGUCUGGAAAGGUGGCGCUUAUCUUUUUAUGGAACAUGCCAAAACCAUCCACCCAUCCAUCAAUUUUCUGUAUGCCCUGGUCUGUGGGGUCAGGAGAGGUCAUGCCAAAACCUCCCCAUCUAUUAGGUCCGUAUUAAUGAGAAACACUGAAGCAGGAGGAUUCUAGAAGUAGAAGUAAAAAUUUCCCCUAUAAAGCAGAAGAACUAAAAAAAACAGGUAAUAAAAAGUUAAUCAGCUUUUGCAGUAAUGACAUACAUUAUUGGGAGCUGACCCUUUCAGCUGAAAGUUGUUAAAUUGGCUACAGUUAAAGUUAAUCUGACUUUUUGACAGCUAAUGACAAGCUGAAGAAAAAAUCUAAUUACAACUACUGCCAAGCAACGGUUUUUAUUAUCCUGAAACCAUUUUUGUAUUAAAAGUUAUUCAAUAGUUCAAUCAAAUGGAAUCGCACGACUAUAAAUCUUAAGUUAAAUUAUGCAAAUGUUUUCAUUAUUUAAUCCUGACAGCAUGAUGCUGCCACGACCAUGUUUUAUGUGUGUGUGGGGUGUGUGUGUGUGUGUGUUAAUGGGGAAUUCGUAAUGUUUUCUUUGCAUGUAGCUAAGCCAAAAACCUCAGUUUUGGUGUGUUUUUCAUGUGUUUAGUGUGUUCUGAUUUAAUCCCAACUCUGCUGCAAACCUCUCCACAACUCCAUCUGUGACAUAUCCAGUGGGUAUGUUGAUCUUCAUUAUGAUGAUUACCAAAUUCUUGAGCCCUUAACUGAAAACAUGCAUUUAAUACUGAGAAUAAAUUCAAUGCAGAUGGACUCUCUCAGCUAAUAAGGUGGCUUCUAAAGCCUUGUGGUUCUCCCAGAUUUUAAUUAAAAGAAUGAGAAUAAAAGAAGCUGAACACAAAUACAGGCCAUAUUUUACAGAAUAGUCCAUGCACAUUACAUUUAUGCUCUCCUGAUACAAUAAAAUAAAGCCUGUGGUUGUAGCGUGACAAAACUGUGAAAAAAUGUACAUCAUAAUACGAUUGUAAGGCAAUAUAACUGUAAAAGCAAUUCCGCUCAAUUAAAAUAUUUACUUUCUAAAUUCUCAGACUGAAUUUCUUGAUAAGUUCUUGAGCCUGAAGCUGCUCCACAAAGUCAGUGGGGGUUCAUGUCACUAGAAGAUUAGCAUUGCAGCCACUCCCCACACCGUGAAUUAUAUUUAGAGCUCACCAACACGUCAACUUAUCUGCAUCCUCACUGGACUCUUCAGCUGCCUCUCAGUUCAAAAGAAAAAUCUCAGACUUUUCAACAAAUUGGAAACGUUUCAUCUGGUUUAGCUGUGGCUCCUCUUCUGAACAAACACUUUGGGAAAGUCACAGUAAUACCAGGCAGUUCCACACACUGCUCAGUGAAAACUAUCUUGGAGAAGAUCACCUCUGUGCUCCGGUUUCCUCUAACGUUGUCCCACCGUGAGGUGAAGAGUCCCACUCAGCUGAAGACUGAGGGAAAUGAACAUUAUCAGGUUUUUUCCCAGGCUUUGUUGAUCAUUCGUGAGCCUCCAUGGCAGACUGGAACUUCUUGGGGAAGCUACUGGAGAGUGCCCAGUUUCACUCAACCGUGGUGGGCAAGGUCUGGCUCACGGUGCUGUUCAUCUUCCGCAUCCUGGUGCUCGGAGCCGCUGCUGAGAAAGUGUGGGGAGAUGAGCAAUCGGGCUUUACAUGUGACACCAAGCAGCCCGGUUGCCAAAACGUCUGCUACGACAAGACCUUCCCCAUAUCACACACCCGCUUCUGGGUGAUGCAGAUCAUCUUCGUCUCCACGCCUACUCUUAUUUAUCUGGGUCACAUCCUUCACCUGGUCCGCAAGGAGGAAAAGGAGAAGGAGAAACUCAAGGACCUCGCCAUAAAGAAUGAAAAACAACAAGACUUAAUUAGCAAUAAGCCCACAAAGGCCUCCAUUAAGGACGACCAAGGCCAUGUGCGUCUGCAUGGUGCUCUUCUGCGGACGUAUGUCUUCAACAUUAUCUUCAAGACUCUCUUUGAAGUGGCAUUCAUCGUAGCUCAGUACUUCCUGUAUGGAUUUGAGCUGAAGCCGAUGUACACCUGUGACCGCUGGCCCUGCCCUAAUGUGGUGAACUGCUACAUCUCUCGACCUACAGAGAAGACAGUCUUCAUCCUUUUCAUGCUGGCAGUAGCUUCGUUGUCCCUGCUGCUAAAUUUGGUGGAAAUGUACCAUUUAGGUUUCAAAAAAUGCCACCAGGGUCUUCGCGUCAGAAGGUCAAAGAUGGAAAGGGAAGCUCCCAAGGCCUUAGGUGAGGGGGUGAUACCUUUCGUUCCAAACUACACCUACUUUACAGGUCACUCUACAGUGACGGAGCCCUUUCCUGCAAACUCAAAGUACAGCAUAGCAGAGCCAAACUCUGCUUACAGCCCCUACAACAGCAAAGUAGUCUACAAGCAGAACAGGGACAACAUGGCUGUAGAGAGAAAAGGCCGAUCAGACGGAGAUGAUGCAGAGAAGACAAAAAUAUCCGGUCCUGUUACUGAUCCUCCUGUGGAAAACCAGCGUAGAAACAGUCAGUCCAGCAAGCACAGCAACAACAAGGGCAGGUUGGAUGACCUGAAGAUCUGAGAACUUCAUGUUUCCUCCCAAGCCUCAGGGACUACAGGAAAAAUCCAUCACAGGAUGUGAUGCGUCUUAGACAUCUGUUAGCUCCAGAGAGGUUAGAUUGAACCACUCAGUGGGAACAGAAGUAGUAGGAUGAAUUUUGAAGGUUUCAGAGUUUACAGGCAAUGUCAAAAAUCUUGACAAAGUAGACAGAAAGAAAAAAAUAUUUUGUAACUGAUUGCAUUUACCACUUUGAUCCAUGAAAUAUUGGCAAUGAUAUUAACAAUUGUGUGUUGUAAUUGUAAACUUCAGGGAUCUCUUUAAGAUGUUUCAUUUCUGCAUUACCUACUGACUAUAUCACUGAGUAAUCCUCAGAUGCAUGGAGAAUCUAUAUAUUGUUUUCAACAGGUUAAUUUGCACUGUUAUGGCAUGAUGAAUGUAUGAAUUAUUAUUGUUGGAGAUUUUCCUGAUAUGUUUACAAUACUGACAAGUUUUAAUGUAAAAUUAAGACAUUUUUAAGUAGCCAUGGUGCUGUUUGUUUACAAUUUUAAUAGCUUAUAGUGUUGGGUUUUUUUGGCUUAAAUGGUUGCUGUCUUUUUGGUUCGGGACAAAUUUUUGUGUACACUUGAUUAGUUCUGCAAUAUUUUGCCUUGGUAGGUUACUACUGCAGUUGAAUUCUCCGUUUGUUUACAAUGGUACAGCUUUAUGUCACUGAGUACCGCAUUUGCUUUCUUGAAUAAAAAGUUGCUAGAGAAGAUUCAAAAGUCUCCAAAUACAGGAACAAAGUAGAUAAGUUGGUCAACAGUGGUUUUCUCAUCCUGACCACAGCCAUGCUUUCUCCCUAAGUUUAUCCCACAAUUGGCUGGGCACUUUGGUGUCUUUUGCCCACUUUGAAUUAAUUUUUCAAAAUACAGUAUGCAUGCUUUCAGCAGGGUUAAUUACAUUUAAGAAGAUUUUUCAGCAGCACUACUUUGUCUAGCUGCUCCGAUUAAUAAUGUAUUUUUGUGCCAAAGAUACUUUUGGCCAAAUAUAGCACCACUGAUUUUUUAUUUUUUGGGUGCAUCAAAUGUUUUUUUUUGUUGUUGUUUUUUUUAAAUCAAAGUCUUGUUAAAAUCACACCCGUUUACAAAAACAUUGCAUGCAGAUGUUUUAAAUUUCAAAAGCACAUACCUCUGAACUAGCAGUUCAUAUUAUCUGAUGGCCUUUUUAUUGUAUUUGUUUUGGACUUAUGCCUAUGAUACUUUGAAAAAUAAAAGAUUGCCAAAGGAGUUUAUGGAUUUUUGUAAAGUAGUCCUUAAAAACAAAAAACUGUGAAGUCUUUAUUCUGAUUGUACGCUACUUCAACACUCUGAUUCAAAUGCCAUUUGAAGGAUGUUAUUGCAAAUGUGGGGCAGAUGUUCUGACUACGUCAUAGGCAAUGUGUCUCCACUGUGUCAUUUGCUCGUAAAAAGUCAGUUUAAUGGUCUCUACAAAAAAGAUUAUCAUAUUAUAUAUCAUAAAAUUAAAUCCUCCAAUACAUGUAUGAAAACCUCUGAUCAGAGCUGAA